AUGAUCAUGCUGUGGGCUGUGCCUUUCUUGAGGCCUUUUCGCUACUGCUGCGAAACAAGACUACACAAGGUGUAUCCUGUCAUCACAGUUGUGAACUUCAUCCUCUUAGGACUUACGCUGCACUCGUUGAAGUCAAUUACAUUCAAUGACCUCUUCUUUGCCCUUGUCACCGGCUUCGAGGAAGCUGUUGAGAAGACGGAGCAGCUCCUGUUGGGGGUGGCGGCGCUCGUUGCCAUCUGCGUGGUUUGGAAGUUCAAGGAUCGUGUUUUUGAGGUUCUGGGUGUGGAGAAUGCUGCUUCACUCUUUGGUGAUUUCCGCGACUGGGCCACCUGCUGGUCCAUGAAGCGCUUCCACCCUGUGGAGCUUUUCAUCUGGAAGGUCGAAGGGCUUCCGUCUGCUCGACUUCAUUCCCUGAACGAUGUGUUUUGUGAAGUUUCAUUGGGCUACAAUGUCGCCAUGAAAACCCGUGUUCAUCACCGUGCUGGGCACUCCUGCGUUUUCAAGGAGACUCUGCAAUUAAACUUUGAUCCCUACGACACGGAACACAGACUGACCAUCAGCAUCAAGAGCCAGGAAGUGGUGGGGGCAGCUGACAUCGUUCAGCUACAAUUGGGUGCGGAGCAGGUGAGGCGGCUGGAGGAGCGCAUGGAAGGUGCCGCAAGCAGGACCAUUGGCUGGGGCAGCAAGGCUGAUCCUGCGGUCUGGGCGCCCUCCAACUUCCAAUGCAUGGAUUUAGUCCCUGCAGGCAAAAUCUACCUGCGGUUCGUGAAGGCAGACUAG